CUGAGACUGGAGUAUAUGCACCCAUACAGAGAUCCUAUGGAAGUACUAGCAGAGGAACGAUGUAAGCGGCCUUGCGCAACUUAUCAGCGAACUGGUUCAUGCCAGUAUGGCGUGGCUUGUCGAUACUCACAUUUGACGAGGGAGGAGGAGGCACGUCUUCAAGCAUCAGUGGGUAAAUCAGAGGCGUGGGCAUGCAAUUAUUGGAAAUCGUUCGUUUAG